AUGCCCAAGGUCGGCCCUGUCUGACCUCUCACAGCAUGUGUCUUCUGCCAAUCAAUCAGCCCCUUAGCGACUUGUAUGUCAGAUCCAAUCCCUUCUGCACCGGCGUAGCCACGCACAUCAUCACAUCAUCUUCUGUGUCAGGCACUGUGCCCAUGAGAUGAUCAAGCGACUCUCGAUCGAUCUCAGCAGGUGCUACAGAAGCAUCGCGGUCAGCUGAGGCAAUCGCUGCUCUGUCGCACACCAGACAUCUCAUCGAGAAGACCUGGCUCAACUCCUAGAGGGGGAUCCCCUCUCACACUUGUCCAGCACGUACAGAGACGGUAGUAGCGCUCUCAUAAGGUCGGCUGUGGACAGAGAGCGGAUGGGUGGGAAACAUACACGGCAUCAUGAUGUUCGUGUGUCAGGUUUCUGAACCGGAAGGUCAAGGACAAGAACCCGAAACAAGCAUGUCUACUGGGUGCCUUCAGCCAAGUUUGUGUUGGGGACGGGCAGUUGUCGAGCGACAUUAUUCAUUGA